UCCCUCUCCUUUUAAUCUCAGCACUCUUUCAAGACCAUCCAUGUCUGCAACCAAACCCUAUCAUCAAUCCUUAAAAAGAAACUCUGUCGAUUCAAAUAAUUCAGUUAAUAGUAGUUCUUGCACUGAAACGAAAAAAAAUAAGAUGGAAACUUCAGUUGCUGCUCAAAAGAGAAACAGAAGAGGGUUUUCAUCAAGAAAUGGAGAGACUGUUAAUUCUAGUGGUGAAUCUGAACAUGAAGUUCAUAUAUUGACUGAAAGAGAAAGAAGGAAAAAGAUGAGGACUAUGUUUACCAAUCUUCAUGCUUUGCUUCCUCAGCUUCCUGCUAAGGCAGACAAGACCACCAUUGUUGAUGAAGCAAUAAAAUACGUUAAAACCCUCGAAGAAACUCUCCAAACGCUUGAGAAACGAAGGCAAGAAAAGCUCAAAGGAGCAACUAAUUAUACCGAUCACAGCAGUGAACCAUCAGUAAUCACAAUACAAACAGAAACAAUCGAAUCUCAAUCUCGUGAAGCAUUUUUGGCAAGUCAUCAAGGACCAGCAAAGAGUUUCUCCAUGAACACAAACAUGCCUUAUAUGUUUCCCGUCUCUCUAAGUAACCCUACUUGCUUUCAGACAUGGUUCUCGGCGAAUGUUGUAAUGAACAUGUGCGGUGACGAUGCUCAGAUCAGCGUGUGUUCAUUGAAAAGGCCGGAUUUACUCACCAGCAUCUUCUAUAUACUGGAGAAGCAUAAAUUGGAUGUAGUUUCUUCUCAUAUUUCCUCCGAUCAGUUUCGUAGCAUUUACAUGAUCCAUGUUCAUGCUGGUGCAGCUUAUGGUCAGUAUCCAGAGGCGUUGUCAGUGGAAGAUACAUUCAAGUUAGCAGCUGGAGAGAUGAACUUAUGGGUUUUGUCAUCUUGAUUUUCAGUCUGUCUGCAGUUGCAGUAACGUUUCUGCUAGCCAUAUGCCAUUUUUGUGUUAAAGACAUCAUCAAAAGCUAUGCUUUUGCUGGACAAGAAAUAUUCAUGGACGGCUUUUCUGGACUCAUUCUCCAUCACACUGUGUUCUGAUGAUUAGCUGCAUUUACGCCAUGAGGGAGCAUAGACAAUCUUAAGGUGCAUCCGUUUUCUGCAAUAAAUAAAUUAACCUUAGAAAAUGGAACUUUUGUGUAAGUAUAU